AUGGUAGAAUCUAAGACUUUUUUUUUUGCAUCUAGUUAUCUACUGAACUGGAACUGGUCAGCCAGUCAGUCGUGCGUUGUUCUUACAGCUCGCGACCGAAAGACUUCUACAUCCGGCGGGCUAUCACGGACGGAACAUCUAGAUUGUAUGAGUCGCUGGGUGCAUCACAUCACAUCACCGGCGGCAGUAGCAGCAGCAGCUCAAGACUUUGUUGUCUAUAAUCAUAACAGGAUGGAUAUUUUUGGAACUUGGAAGGUUGGAAGUGGGACUAGUCACUGUUUAGAAAGUUCGCUUGCUCUUGGGUGGAAAUUCGCUUUUUUUUUCGCCUUGGAAGUUUGGAAGACAGACCAACAAGACCAAGACCAAAUCAAGAUUUGUGAUGGAGAUGAGAUGAGAUGGGAAGUAGUGUAG